UCUACCUUCUUUCAGUCAUUAACCGAAAUGAUCAGAAGAAGACUAGAACUUGGAAAGGCAACCAUGAAGAAAUGAGAUAACAUCCUCAAGUUUAAAGACAUACCAUUAAGUACUAAAGAAUCAUCCAAGUCAUAUUAGUUCUGAUUUCUGUGUAUGGGUUUAAAAGGUGAAGAAAGCUGACGUGAAGAAAAUUCAUUGAAAAUGUACUGGAAAUCAAAAUUCAGGCGUGGGUUGGAUGAAAGAUUUUUACAUUUUGAUGGAAGUUUGCCAGAGCUUCCUAGUUAUAGCCACAGUUCUCUUGGGAUGUUAUGCUAGUGCAUCUCAUACCUUUCCAAGAGGAUGUACUGUGGACUUUUUAGAUCUGCAAGGCUUUGGUUUUGGACUGUGCACAGAUAUAAAAAAAAACCAGGGAAUCACACCAUAAAAUGGUGGUGACACAGAUGCGUACAUUUCAGCUUGUCUACAUUCAUGCUCUGAUCUCCAGAGUCAUAGUCCAGCGCUCAAACCACUACGCUAUGCUGACUCUCAAGUGGCUGUGAUGUGUGGUGACAAAAAUCUAACACAAGAGUUGGAGCUCAUAGGCUGCAAACCAUGAAGCCACGAUGGACUGAUGCGGUAGCAUGGCUUCAUCCCCCAGUUUCCCCACCUGCUUCCCCUGCUGGUUAUGCAAGUGCGAAGCCCCAAAGGGAUUCCAACCUGAGAUUCUCCUAAAAGCUGUGCUGAACUUUGCUUCCUUGCCAUUUCUUUCACACCCGUCACAUCUCCCUUUUCGUCUUCUCCAGGCUUGACACAUGGACCCAGAUCUCUGUCAACUGUUCUUCACAUGACUUGCUUUCCGGGUGCUUCGGUUGUUGACAUCCUCUUCAGGAUGCUCCCACCGGAACUGAAAUCGGUCCAGACCUGCCAUCACAAAGUGAAACUCUUUUCCUGUCAUCAGGUCACUAUGCUUCCAUUACGGUUGCCUAAGAAUCCAUUGUCUCUUGUAACUAAUCCACAAUUGCGCUGCUGACUCAUGCGCAUCUUAUGAAAAAGAAAGUCUUACCUUAAUCUGAGAACGCCGUGCUUUUCAACCCGAGAUGCUAGAGAUCAUUCGCUUGUUAAGCCAAUCGAUUGGUUCCUCUUCCCAUCCCGUGGUCUUGGUUUUAUGACUCUGGAAUAUUUUAGCCUUUCUCUGCCAUGAUCACAUGAUGGGCAGCUGGUUUAUUAAUCCACGUUGCGAGGAGCCACAGACUCUGGUUUGAACAGUUACUCUGUCUCUGUGCCGACUGCCAACAACAGCUCUGCGUGGAUCCUGCAAUGCAGACCCUGGAAGCUUCGGAAGGACCUAAGGCAGAGGCAUCUCCCCUGAAAAUGGCCACCUUCUCCCGGAUAGAUACCUUUAGCGCCUCCCACAGACUGGCCUGCAAAUCCCUGAGCGACACAGAGAAUGAGAAGCUGUUUGGGCCAUGCAGUCGGAAGCACGGACACAACUAUAAAGUUGUGGUGACAGUCUGUGGAGAGAUUGAUCCCAUUUCUGGGAUGGUGAUAGACCUGAAAGAUUUGAAAGCUUAUCUGAAGGAGGCAGUUACAGACCCUCUUGACAAAAAAGACUUGGAUACAGAUGUCCCCUAUUUUGCAAAUGUUGUAAGCACAACUGAGAAUCUUGCUGUCUUCAUCUGGGAAAACCUCCAGAAGCACUUGCCUGCGAAGACCCUUCAUAAAAUAAAACUCUACGAAACAGAUGAGAUCAGUGUCGUCUAUAGGGGAGAUGCACCAGAUCCAUCAGCUUUCGCGGCGGAAGGUGACCAAAGGGAGCUUCUUAGCAGUCCUAAAAAAUCUGCCAUCACCUCCCAGUAUUUCAUCUGCCCUGCCAGGUUCUCUGUCUAAGCUUCCUUUUGGAAAGUCUGUGGGCCUGGGAAAAAUUCAUUGUUGCACUUACAGCACAACUAGGUUUUCUAGCUUUUUGUGGCUUUUUUAGAUGGUGUGAUCCUUCUUGAACAGACAGGAGUUGGUAUCACUGGCAGCUGCAACUGCACAACCUAGUAAAUAACUGCUUACCUGUUUAAGAAUGAUCUCCAGGAAUCUAGAAGCUAGGAACUGCUAUCAAAAUGCAGUUGGCCCUCCAUAUCCACAGAUUUUUUUUAUCCAUGGAUUCAACCAUCCAUGGCUUGAAAGUAGUCAAAAAAUAUAUCAGUUCCAAAAACCAAUCCUUGACUUUGCCAUUUUAUACAAAGGGCACCAUUUUACUGCACUAUUUGGUUUAAUGGGAUUUGAGCAACACCUUUUCAUUUACCCACAACUUUGCUAGUUUUAAGAAAAUGAUAUUAGGACAAAGUAAAAGAUUGCUUUUGAAAAAUAAACAAGGUGAUAAAAUAGCACUCACCCACCACAAAUGUUAUAGCAAAGGUGUGCAAAUCGCUGAGCAUGAGGAUAGCAGAAUUACAGUGCCUUGACUCCACUUUAACUGCCAUGGCUCUGUCCUAUGGAAACCUGGGAUACUUAGUUUCAUCAAGUAUUGAGAAUUCUUUGUCAAAGUGCUCUAAGACCUCUAAGACUAAACUACAAAUCCCAGGAUUCCACAGGUUGCAACCAUGGCAGCUAAAGGGGUAUCACAAUUCUAUAGUUGUGUGGUGUGAAAGAGACCUUAGAGACGGAAGAGACACACCAAGGACCAUUCACAUCUCUGGUGUUUGUAUUCCAGUGAAUGA